CUGAACUUCAGUCCCAAAUAACAGUAAUCGAACUGUGAAGUUUAAUUUAACCUCUCCGGAGUUAUUUUUCUAUUCGAAAGAAAAUUCAUUUGAAAUUGAGGUUUAAGAAGACAUUGCUAUUAUAUUUAUAUAUAUUAUAUUUUAAUUAAACGAUACAGUCUGUGCUGAAUAUGGGCUCGAACAACUCCACCCUAUCAAAAAUUCCAAACGUGGGUGACUUGAUGCAAGAAACGGGUUUUACCCCCGCACAUAUCAUACGUCUGUACGACCGCUUCGAGACUCUGGAUAGAGAUAAGAAAGGCUACUUGAGUCUCAAAGAUUUUGGAUCCAUUAAGGGGCUGGCAUUGAACCCAAUAGGAGAUCGUAUAAUUGGAGCAUUCUUCACUUCAGGACAGGAGACCGUGGACUUCCACACCUUUGUGAGGAUUCUAGCUCACUUCCGGCCCUUGGACAAGAACCAACCCAGGGAGCCCAACACUCCGGAAGCCAUCAACAGCCGGACCAACAAGCUCAGAUUUGCCUUUCAGUUGUAUGACCAGGACAAGGAUGGCAAGAUCUCUCGGGCUGAGCUUUUACACGUGCUGCGUAUGAUGAUGGAGAUGCAGGUGACGGAGGAGCAGCUGGAAAGCAUCGUCGAUCGCACCAUCACGGAGGCCGAUGUGGAUGGGGACCAUGCCAUCUCCUUCGAUGAGUUUAGGAAGUCCCUGGAGAAGGUGAACAUUGACCAUAAGAUGAGCAUUCGCUUCUUGCGCUAGAGCAGCUUCUGGCAGCCUCCUGGGAGGGUGACUGGCCUUCCUUCUCCAGAGAGCCGAAGGAACUGAAGCGGCACCAUUCAACAAAAGGGAUAUUUUUCAACUGGAAUAUUUAUAUCUGCAGUAAAUUCAAAGUGCCUGCCAUGUACAUGCUGCUUUACUGAAUAUAUAAUAUUAUGUUUACUAUGUUUACAAUUUAAUCAGUAAAUUAAUAUUUAGGUAUAUUCAUGCACUAUUGAAUGAAGAAUGUUAAAAGACUAACUUUGCACCUUAGGUGUCAGUUAUUUUGUGAAAACAGUGAAAUCCUCAAAGUAGCUGUAAGGUAACAAAUGCUUGUGAAGGAGCACUACUGAUUCCGUAUUUUGCUGGUGAUCUCCCAUCAUGCCUCUUGCUGAGAUUACAUGGCAGUUUAUGCAACUAGAACACAGCUUCCAAACAAUCUGUUUUUUUCCUAAUGAAAUCACUAAAUAAUGGACUUAACUGAUGAAAAAACAUUACACCUUCAAGUCAGUCCUUUCAUAUGAAAAAAAUGCCAUCUUUGAUAUCUUUUCAUGAUAGCAUUUGUGUAGCAAUGUGGAUUUAGUGUGCUUGAAUUCUAUAACUGCUCCUCUAUUUGCUAAGUCUUUAGAUGUGAUUAUGCACGCAGAGGAACAUGGAUGCCGAAUGUGAGAGCAAGUGCCUAAAAUCCAAAAAGUGUCUUGAAAAUUAGCCUUGAUAUGUUGCUCAAUAUUAGAAUGUCAGAUGACUCUGUUGGUCGUCUCGGCAGUCUUCUUUCCCCAAAAUACAUGAAUACUGAAUUUCCUUAGAAGACAUAAGCAUUCAGUGUGCUCCCAGUAAUAGCUAAGUUUUGACUAGAACGCUUGGAUUUGGAGUGUGAAACAUUGCAGUGUGAAAAUGGAACUGUUGUGAUCAGCAGCCAAUUCUACCCAGCCCCAUCUGCAACCAUGCUGUCUGUUUGCACAAUGAGCACUUUACAGAGGUUUGGAAGUCUGUCUGGUUGAACACUACUUAGCAGAAUGUAUAAUUUGCUCUGACUCAUGAAAGGAAUCAUAGCUACUACAACUGUAACAAUGCUUUUCUUAUCCCAAUGAAGGCGUUUUGUAAAAUC